CUCUGUACACGUCUUGCAUGAGCUCUAGACGCAGCAGAAACUGGGAAACGUUAAAUUUUAAAACAAUAAUAUAGAUUUUUUAUAGUUUAACUUUUGCAGCUUCUUAAGAAUCUUUUCUGUGAAACUCAAAACAGGACCGGGAACAGAAAACGAGCUCUAGCUGAGGUUUGGUGCAUCGCACUUCGCUGCUGCAAGUUGCUGUGAUUGGGGUUCCGGGUCUUCGUUUGAACAUGUCGGACAGCGAUGAAAAUUCGGAGAACGAAGUGGAGGUUAGCAAAAGUAAAAAACAGAAGACUUCGCAUCGCGACGCCGAACAGGAAGACGAUGAUGAAUUAGAUGAAGACGAUGACGAAUAUGACGAAGAAGAAGAAGAGGAUGAUGAGGAUUACGACAAAGGAAGAAAAGGCCGUAAAAAGAAGAAGAAGCCAGCUAACGGAUACAUCCUUGAUGAAGCAGAAGUUGACGAUGAUGAUGAAGAGGACGAAGAGUGGGAAGACGGCGUGGAAGCUGCCAUUAUUGAAAACGAUCGCCACAACUACAGAAACGAACCCGAAGGUGGGCCCUCCGCUCGGGACAUUGAAGGCCACCGGCGACUGGCGCAGAUGUUGCAUACCGAGAAGGAAGAUGAAAUCGAAGCGUACUAUAGGUCCCGCUACGCUGAAACGAGUGCUCGGGAUCGGGCUCUUGCUGAUUCUCAGACAUCCGAGGAUAUCGCUAAGCAGAGCUUGUUGCCUAACGUAAAAGAUCCGAAUUUGUGGAUGGUCAAAUGUAAGAUCGGGGAAGAACGAGCAACAUGUCUACAGCUGAUGCGGAAAUUCAUUGCAUUUCAAAAUUCUUCCGAGCCGCUGCAGAUAAAAUCCGCUUUAACGGUCGAAGGGGUUAAAGGAUACAUUUACGUUGAAGCUUACAAGCAGACCCAUGUAAAGCAGGCUAUUGAAAAUAUAUCCAAUCUGCGUAUGGGCAUGAAUAAUCAGCAGAUGGUGCCGAUCAGAGAAAUGACCGACGUGCUGAAAGUGGUCAAGACAACCGCUCGGCUGAAGAACAAGCAGUGGGUCCGAGUGAAACGUGGAUUGUAUAAAGAUGAUCUGGCGCAGGUGGAGUGGGUCGACCAUGCACAGAAUGCUGUUUCAUUGCGUUUGAUACCGCGGAUCGACUAUAACCACAUCAAGGAGACGAAGAGGGGAAAUGCCAGUGCGAAAACGGGAUUAGCUAAAGCUCGCGGUAGCCGUCCAGCUCAGAAAUUGUUCGAACCGGAUUUGAUUCGAGAGUGUGGGGCGGAUUAUGGCCGUGAUGGUGAUAUGUAUUUGUUCCAUGGAAAUCGUUACACCAUGCGCGGUUUCCUGAUCAAAACUUUCCCCUUGAAUGCUAUUACCGUAGAAGGAGUGAAACCGUCUUUGAAUGAAUUAGAAAAGUUUGACGACUUAAUCGAAGGAGUGGAUUUGUCGAAAGUGGCUGCUGAAGUUUCGGAAACUGAGGAAAAUCAAGAUGCCACUCGUUUUACACACGGGGAUUAUGUGGUGGUGUGCGAAGGCGAACUUAUUAACUUAAAGGGGAAAGUUAUUCGUGUGGAAGGCAAAAAAGUCGUUAUUCAGCCUGAUCAUGAGGAUCUGAAGGACCCCAUCGAAUUCCCGGCUCGCGAGCUGAAGAAAUUUUUCCGCACAGGCGACCACGUACGUGUUCUUCGUGGACGUUAUGAAGGUGAUACAGGAUUGGUGGUUCGAGUGGAGGAUAAUCUCAUUGUUCUGUUUUCGGAUCUGACAAUGCACGAAAUGAAAGUUUUGCCGGAAGACGUGCAAGUCAGUUCGGAGCGGGCAUCUGGAAUUGACAGUUGGGGCCAGUUUCAGUUUGGCGAUCUGGUGGAGAUUGAUCAACAGACAGUCGGCGUCAUUGUGCGCAUUGAAAAGGACAAUUUUCAUGUUUUAAACAUGCAUGGAAAAUUAUUACAGAUGAAACCUGGCGCCAUUCUGCGGAAGAAAGACAGUCGCAGAGCUGUCGCUCUCGACAGCGAGCAUAAUCAAAUUCAGGUGAAAGAUUCUGUUAAGGUAACGGACGGCAUUCAUAAUGGAAAACAGGGAGAGGUGAAGCACAUAUUCCGCGGAGUUUUAUUCUUGCAUUCCAAACUGGUUGCCGAAAAUGGGGGGAUUUUCGUUUGCAAAGCGCGUAGCACUGUUUUGGCAGGCGCUAGCCAGACUACAUCGUCCAGUACAACCAAUAAUAAUCAAUAUUCAUUUGCGCCGCAAUCGCCUCGUGUAGCAGCAAGUCCUGUUCAUCCCAGUUCAGGAAGCAUUCAGGGUGGAGCUAGUGAAAGAAGCACCCCUAAAAGUGGUGGGGGACGCACACCAAGCCAGAAUCAACCUGCAGUUCAUUCGCCAAUGGGUUUUGCGAACCGGAAUCGUGGUCGCAGAGACAAUACGAUGAUUGGAAAAACUGUGAGAAUUAUUCAGGGACCUUACAAAGGUUACAUCGGAGUGGUGAAGGACUGUACGGAUGCUACAGCCCGUGUAGAACUGCAUGCCAACUGCACUACCAUUUCAGUGGAUCGCAACCGUUUGACAGAAAUCAACAGCGAUGGCAGACCUACCGCUCGCGGUCCUGCACCAUUUCGAAACGAUGACACUGUUAGACGAACCCCCGCGGACAGCUACCCGAGGAGAAACCCGUCGAAUUUCGCUCGUCCGGACGAGCCGUCGUCUCACUUUGAAGCCGGGAACAAAACUCCACGGUACGAAGAUCCCACGAAGACACCGAUGUACAACGAUGGCAGCCGUACCCCGGCGUACGGUAUGGGCAGCCGAACGCCUGCGUAUGGCUCACGCACUCCUGGGUAUGGUGGUCGUACGCCUUCUUACAUGCGUACCCCAGCCCACGAAAGUGCAUGGGAUGCCGAGCGCGAAGAAGAGGGAGAACGAUGGGAUGACAGACGAUCUCCUCGUCCCACUAAGGACGAAGAGGAGGAACCGGAGGAACGUGAUGAAUACGAAGAUCUUGCGCCGCCACCGUCGAACUACGGGGUACCACCCACUCCUGGUGGUUAUCAGGAGGACAUGGACAGUGGUGGUGUAAAUCCCAGAACUCCUGGAUUUCAGGCUCCGGAAUCACCAGCUGUUAAUUUCGCUCCACAGACACCAGGAGGAAUGUAUGGUGGCGAUACCUUCAGUGCUCCUUCGCCCUACAGCCCGGCUCCAUCGCGAUACGGUGCCAGUGGUGUAGGAUCAUCGUCUUACAAUUCUUAUAUCCAGUCACCGGGCAUGGGCUAUACGCCGGGAGGUGCGGCACCGUCCCCCUAUAACCCACAGACUCCUGGCUAUGAAUCGGGCUUAUAUAAUCCUCCCGAAACACCAGGCGGAGGCGUUGAUUUGAAUCAUACAGAUUGGGUGACGACAGAUAUUCAAGUGCGUAUCAAACGGCACGAUGAUCGCAGUUUGCUGAAUCUGAUCGGCUACGUCAGAUCGGAAUCGGGAGCCAUGUGUUCCAUCUUUCUACCGGAAAAAGAUAAAGUGAUCACCAUUUUAGUAUCUCAGGUGGAGCCAAUUACCCCAUCUCGGGGCGACUUGGUUAAGGUUAUUCUCGGAGAUGAAAGGGAUAUAUGUGGAAAGAUGCUCUCUGUGGAUGGAAGAGAGGCGGUUUUCAAGCCAGAGAAUUCGGACCAGAUGAAGAUGGUUCCUUGGCAUUACCUUUGUAAAAUGGCUCCAACGGUUAGAAUUUAGAGGAGCGAUAGUAAGCUGUUAUUCGUAGAAGUGGGUAAACUUCGAAUUUGGUUUUGUAACACUGAAAGUAGUAUAAAGCAAUGAAAAUGAUAAUUAAUUGUUGUCGGAACGUUUCUUGGUGGAAAUCGGACAGUUAACUAAUGGUUUAUACUUGUUAGUCUUCGACUGUGAAUCCUCUUUCGUAGUUUGCGAUUGAUACUUUCUGAUUAGAGCUUUUUUGUACGGUGUUGGAGCUUCUGGGUAAUUGAAAUGUUACGGUUUGCACCGAGCAAGGUGUUUAUUCAGUAAUCGUCGGAAGGAAUUGCUUAUAAGGUAGCACGAAUUAAAGGGUAAAAC